CAUCGCCGUUCUUAAUCAUCCGUUGGCCGAUACUGCAAUUUUCUCGUCGCGAGGCAUAAUCAACCUGCUCGAUCAUUCUAUUCUUGACUACUCGUGCAGUGAUAUAACCUCCGUAUACCUUUCAUACCCACCAUUGUCCUGUCCGAAGGUCGCCCCAUUACGUAUCAUAGAUCAGCGCCCUACUUGAUCCUUCAUACCCCCAUUCAGCCAGCACCCCGUGAUCAAACUACACCCGAAUUCAAAAUGGAAGGAGUUGAGACUGUGGAUGUCAGCUGGCUGCAUCAUUCGCAAAAGGACCAUCUAUCCCGCUGUAAGUCAGCAUCAUCCGUGGUUAGCGAUAAGUCUGCCGCCGAUACAGAGGUCACAAUUGCCCAACAACGAACUACGGAAAAGACGGCCGAUCAGAGCUCAUUAUUCUCGCCUGCCCCCGCUUCCGCGCCGAAUGCAACAUCACAACAAGAUGGGCCGAACCCCGAGAAGGAAGGGAGAAAUGAAGACAAGUCAGUGGAAGCAAAGCCCACUGGCACCUCGCCAGCAUCUCAGAAGAGUGCGCCAAGGCCUGUUACCGGGAGAAGGAACUCUUGGAUAUCAAGCAUUAGUUCCAAGUUUUCCUCUGGCUCUACCCCGCCGUCGCAAUCGAAUAUGAAAGCUCAACAGAAUACAAAGGCAACCUCUCCUGUUUCGAAGAUGGAUAUGCAUAACCCUUUCGGUGCAGCGUACUCGCCCAAGGAUAAGGAAGACGAGAGGACAAAUGAAAAUAGCCCUUUUGUUUCGACAUCACCGAAAGGCCCAUCGUUCCUUCAAAGCGCUUUUCGGAAACUUUCAUCAUCCGCAUCCAGCGGGGCUAGCAAAAUGGCUUCUACUGGGACUGUUUGCCAACGUCGCGUGAUGAAUAUCGAUCAAGAUCGGGAUAGAUGCAAGAUUCCAGAUUUGAACCCUGCAAAAUUGCGGCGUGUCGCUUUUUGCGUGGAUGUGGAGAUUGCUGGUAUAUCCUACCGGGAGUCCGAUGAAGGCAGCCCACCGGCAAGCAGCAAGCGGCGUACUGUCCCGGAGGUCAAUGGCCAGAAACCCAAAAAAUCAAGUGUCAAGUCAAAAGAGAAGGAUGAGGCUGCGACGUUGAAGAACCCACAAGCUGCAGUUUCUUCUAAGGAAAAAAGUGGCCAAACGAAUGGGACGGAUGAGAUGAAUCCUUCCGGAUCUCCAGAAACACCCGCAACUGAAGCAAAUGCCAAUGGCGAAACCAAGGAACCAACCCGAAAGCAGGAAAAGAAAAAGAGAUCAGAAGAAGAACGGCGGGAACGGAGGGAAAGGAAGCGCAGACAGGCAGAGGCAAAUGGCUCCAUACCAAUGCAGCUGACAGCCGAUGGUCAAGAGUACGGUUCCCGGACACCCGUUUCCAGCACCAGCCGUACAAAAACACAAAGCCAUCCGACAACAGAUCCCGUACGGAUCUAUCGACGCUGUUGCCAACUGCGUGAGACGCCCGUGCUCAAGCGUAUCGUGGACGAAAUCUCGUCGCCUUCUUCCACGUUAGCGGAGUCUCCAGGAACUGUUGCUGUACUUGACCUGAGCGACUUCCCUAUGACGACUGAGGACAUUGCCACUUUCUGUGACUGGCUCGCUGUUGUGCCUGUCCGGAAACUUAUCCUUGAAAAAUCUGCAUUGACGGACGACUCGGUACGAUCAAUUCUUGCUGCCCUGCUUUCCACCAGAACAGUGGAGCAAAUGAUGCAGCGGCGCAGAAGGAGUAAGAAGUCAGAGGCUCGGUCCCCAGAGAAAGAAGAAAGGUUCAGUGUUGUCGAAAAGCUGUCCUUAAAGGAUAACCCAAAGAUUGGACCGGAAGGGUGGCGUCACAUUUGCCUAUUCGUUCACCUCUCCAAAUCCCUGAAGGCGAUUGACCUGUCGGGCAUUCCACUUCCUAGGACGCCUAUUACUGUCAACUGUUCCAAUAAAGGCGUCUCUCAAACCCAGGGUGUCAUUGAUGUGACGACCCUCUUCGCAAAUUCGCUCGCACAGCGCCUUGGUGGCGACUACCUUGAAGAAUUGUUGCUGAGCGAAUGUCAACCUACGACUGAAGAUGUCAAGAAGAUCUGUGAUGCAGCUGCAACUGUUGGCUUAAGGCGACUUGGCUUCGCCAAUAAUGAGCUGAACAAGGAAGGCUUGGAGCACAUCGUUGGUUAUCUAAAGGCAGGUAAAUGUGAAGGGUUAGACUUGGGCGGGAACCCCAUCAGGGACCAGUUGGACUUGAUCACGUCUGCUCUCACGAGUGACCACCCGCUGUAUGCGCUGAGCUUGGCCGAUUGCUCCCUGACACCCGCUGCCGUCUACCCAUUGUUCCAGGGACUGACACGCCUGCUUGACCUUCGCUUUGUCGAUUUCUCCCAUAAUCCAGACCUUUUCACCAUUGAGCCCGAUGCACUAGCCACUUUCAGGCGAUUUCUCCCUAAGAUGCCUGCUCUCAAGCGCAUCCACCUGGCUGACGUCAAUUUGUCUCCCGAUCAAACUAUCGCUCUUGCCGAGGUUCUUCCAGAGUGCCCCAGUCUAUGUCAUUUGAAUAUCCUCGAAAACCCCUCCAUUACGUCGUUGGCCUCCGCAACGGACCCUGCCAGUCAGGAAGAAGCAUGUGCUGUAUAUGCAUCCCUAAUGGCAGCAGUGCGUGUGUCGAGGACGAUUAUCGCCGUGGAUAUUGAAGUUCCAAGCGCGGAGAGCAACGAGGUCGUCAAGGCCCUGGCCUCCCAGAUAGUUGCUUACUCACUUCAAAAUCUUGAGCAAGGUGCCAUUGCAGUAGAGUUUUCCGACCCGACGGAUAUAUCAACACGACCAACUGUCCAUGUCCCGGAAAUUCUGCAGCACAUCGUCGGCCACAGUGUUGGGGACGAACCGGAAGAGGAUGACGAACCUGCACCUGAUGAGGAUUAUGUGAUCGGAGGUACCGGAGUGGUCAAAGCUCUCGGCGUAUGCCUCGGUAAUCUGGAUCGCCAUAUGCCCGGAGAGCAGUCCGGACCCCCAAGUGGCACGACAACACCCAGACACCGGAAGUCCAGCAGAUCUUUUGUCACCAAGCGGCCCCGUGACAUGUCCAAGAACUUAUUGGAAGCGGCACGGAAUAUCCGGACUCGUAUCCAGUCGGCUCUUGUGCGCGAAGACAAGGCCGGCAAUGACACCAAUUACAGACGUCUCCAAUUCCUUGAUUUCACCUUGCAGCGGAUGAUCCAGCGAUUCGAAGACGAGUACCCUGAAACGCGCAUCAUACCCCAGACCUUGCCAUCAUACGCUAUCCAGGAUACCAGCUCCCAGAACUCCGGUGACGAUGGGUGGAAUGGCCCUGCGCUUGAUGGCAACCAGCAGAAUGCCACGAACACCGAUGCUGAGGUUGCAGUGGACGACGAGGAGGACCAAUAUGCUGUGCGAUUAUCGCGAGCAAGCUCAAUCACAUCCCUUCAUUCACGCGCAAUGACCUCCGAGGAAGGACAUGUUCAUCGUCUUGGGCAAGGCAUCCGGCGCGAUUUCCUCCGACCUUCCUUUGACCAGGCUGAUGAUGAUAUGACGGCAUUCUCCUACGACGAGUCCCAUAUGGCCGCCUUACGCGAUAAGCUCGACCGUUUGCACGAGGAACAAACACACUCGCGAUUUGAGGGCGCCGGUGCGGACAAAGCCUUGGUGGAUCUGGGCACGACUGUGGAGGAAUUGUGGGCCGCUCGCAAGCAUGAUACGGAGACCUUUGAGAAGUUCCGUCAAAGCCAGAUCGCUGCGCAAUUUAACAGUGGCAAAAGGUCUUCCACCAUAGCUGGCGCGAGCAAUGGGACUUAAAGCCGAGUAAUGCUAACAGCCAGCCUUGUUGAAAGCUGAGCCACCACGUUGUGGCCUAUAUGAAUGCCGUGCGGGGGAC